AUGCAGCUUUCGCGUGAAGACUUUGACAAUCCAGAGGUCGCUGGGGCGGUGAACCCCCACCCCGACUACGGUUACUUCCACGAUGCGACAUCGCAGUCAAUGGCAACCAAAUAUGUGGCCAGCCCGUCCAUUCUUAGAUUACUCUUCGCCGCCACAUCCGGAACGCCCAUCCCGGUGCCACUCUUAAUCCCUUCCGCACCAACAUUCCCCAGGCUGAGUGCAUUGCAGCAAUGGAUCCUUAGCAGAGGAUGGAGAACUGCCCGUUACGUGAAGGAGCCUGGUGAGGGUCCUAUGUACAGUAUUAUUCAGGAUUACUGUAACUUCCUCAAGCAGCUGGCCCAGGAAGAUAACAACUUUGCUCAGCAGUUUGGGACUGAGUUCCAUCGUCCUGUAUAUGAUCCGGGUAUUUACUCUACGUAUUCCCUGCGUAUGCUAAUAUUUCCUAGAGGCUGGCACAAAUCUUCCCCACUACCCUCUAAGCCACCUACCCCACUGUCUGCCCCCAAGCGCAAGCGUGCUCCACCGAAGAAGGGUCACAAGGCCACCGGUAGCCGGAAGCAGCCGGCGCGCGCCAAGAAGGAUGCUGCCGAGUCGGUGCCGGAGACUGCGUAG